AGAUUUUGAAACCUUGGAACCAGGAACUUGAACUUGAACUUGAACUUUCAAAUUCAACUCGAAGUGAGCCUCAGAGUCAGAGUCACAGAGAGAUCACACGUUGCACAAUGGCGGCCACUGCAGUCUGCAGAGGGGUGGCUGGAACGAGCACUUUCGUUGUCUCGUGCCCUGUAGGCCAGCAAUGUGGUCAGGGGUACAGCCGCAGCGGGGUGGCAGGACCGUGCCACUCCCCUACCCUGCAGCGAUCGGGUCCGGCGGGCGCAGCUCAGAGCGCUGCCGCAGCAGCACUACGAAGCUCCAGCUUUGCAGGCAGGCAGGUGGCAGGAAAACAAUGCAGGGGGGUGGCAACACGAAAACUCACAGCGGGGAGACCCGGGGCGAGGGCGGCGGAAGCAAAGGACGACGAGUACGUGGUGACAUUGGAGAAGCCGGUGGGCCUCAACUUCUAUCGAGGCAACGACGGCGGAACGUACAUUGACAAGAUCCAGCCAGGGGGCUCUGCGGAUGCCACCGGCCUGUUCACCGUGGGGGACAAGGUGCUGGAGACAAGUGCCGUGUUUGGGACAGAGAUGUGGGGCGCCGCCGAGUUUGGGCGCACCAUGUACACCAUCAAGACGCGGGUGGGCAACGUCGCGUUCAAGAUGCAGAAGAGGUUUGGGGUGAAGCAGGAGGUGGCAGGCGCAUCGGACCAGUUUGUGCAGGAGAGGCGCUCCGGCAACUACGGCGAGGGCAGCAAGGAGCUCCAGCGGCGCAACUACCUGAAGCAGCAGGAGCUGAAGAAGCUGCGUGCCGACAAGAUCGAGUCUGGCCUCAAGCUCUACAGGCAAGGCCAGUACGAGGCGGCGCUGGUGGAGUUCGAGACGGUGCUGGGGUCCAAGCCCACGGACCGCGAGGAGGCGGUGGCCAGCUACAACGUCGCCUGCUGCUACUCCAAGCUGGGCAACGUGGAGGCGGGGCUGGACGCUCUGGACAGCGCUCUGCGGGCCGGCUUUGACGACUACAAGACUGUUCGGGAAGAUGCUGAUUUGCAGACCUUGCGGGACUCUCCAGAAUUCAAGGUAAUUGUUAAUAAGUACGAUGAGCCUUUCAUAAACGAAAACGCUGUGAAAGCCUUGACGAGUGUCUUUGGCUUCCUUAAAAGAUAAGACCAACGUGGUCAACUCCCAUUUAUUCAAGUUUGCCAGUGAAGCAUUAGCUUUAGCUGAGGCUAGGGCAUCCGAAGUAAUGCGCUGUGGCGCGUCUGGUUGAGUUGCUUGGCAAGGUGUAUAGAAGGUAUAUUAUUGAAGGUCGUGAUCUGACGGAAGUUUCUACGUCGACCGAGCAAACAAACGGAUUUUGAUUGCCGCUCGCUGAAUCAUGUGCCUCGCAUCCGCCAAAACUUUCCCAAGUGGCUCAUCGGAUUUGUGAGGAUGGACCAGUGACUCCACAGAUUAUAUAGGGCAAACCCCCAAGUUUUGCAGCGCUCGACUAGCAUAGCUGCGCGCAAUCAUCG